AUGGCGUUCUGCAUCGCCGCUGAUGUGGUGACACCUCAUAUGUUGAUCGUCCUGUCCGUGGUGGUGGCCGUGGCAAGCGCCGGCUACCUGGGCGCCCCCGCCGUCUACGCCCCUGGCGCACCUCUGGCUGCCCGAGGUUACGCUGCUCCCGCCUACGCCGCCCCCGAGAGCCGCAGCGGCGACGUCGUCCAGGGCAGCUACAGCCUGGCCGAACCCGACGGCUCCAUCCGCACCGUCGACUACACGGCUGAUCCCGUCAACGGCUUCAACGCCGUCGUGCACAAGGAGGCCGGCGCCCACCCCGCCGCCGCCGCCCCCGUCGCCGUCGCCCACGCCCCCGUGGCCGUCGCCGCCCCCGCCAGGGCUUACGCCGCUCCCAUUGCCAGGGCUGCCUACGCCGCUCCCAUCGCUAGGGCUGCCUACGCCCCCGCCCUGGCCUACGGUGGUGCCUACCACGGUUAAGGACUGACAUGGACCAACCAAUCUCUCACUCUCAUUUUGUACAAAUACCUGUACCCAUUAA